AAGUGACGGGAGCUUGGAGAUGGCUGCCCCGCAGGCGCACAAACGGCUGUUGGGAAGCUGGUGGGCCGCGGGCCCAGGGGUCGUCUCUGUCUGAGCUGCAGUUCCUGAUUCCCGGCUCCUGGUUUUCAGAAACUUUAUAUUUAAAGUACCCAGAAAUGAAAAGAAAGGUAGUGAAUGCUGGCAAGCUGAGACUGAGUCCUAAUGAGGAGGCUUACAUUUUAAAGGAAGAUUAUGAAAGGCGACGAAAACUAAGAUUGCUGCAGGUUCGAGAACAAGAAAGGGGUAUCGCUUUACAGAUAAGAGAGGACAUAAAACAGAGGAGAAAUCAGCAGUUAACUCGUUUGGCAGAGGAACUAAGGACAGAAUGGAAAGAAUCACAAACUCAGAAAAUAAAGAACUUGGAAAAGCUGUAUUUAGCAAGUUUAAGAAGUAUGGGAGAGGGACACCAACAGGCCAAAGAAAAUGAACCUGAUUUAAAUGCUCUGGCACGGCGGGCAGCAGAAAGAAGAAGAAAAGCAGAAAUGAGGCAUAAAGAAGCUCUGAAAUUACAGAAAAAUAAAAAAGAAGAACUAGUGAAACAAAAAACCUGGCAUAUCACAGCUCGAAAGGAAGCACUGCUUGUGGAAAAAGAGAGAUCGGCCAAAAUUACAAGUCUGCCACCACCACCUCCAACUCUUUUUGAGAACAUUGAACUAAAGAGAACUUCUAAUGUGAAAACCGGUAGAUCCACCUAUCAUCAUCUUUGCACUUUUGUGAAUAGAGAGAUGGACACAAAGCAGCCAGAUCCUCAUUUGGCUGCUGAAGAAGAAGCUAAAAGAUUGGAAGAACGACAAAAACAAGCAGCGCAGGAGAGAAUGGAACAGUGUGAAAAGGCUCAUGUACGGGGUUUCCAAGCAAUGAAAAAGAUCCAUUUGGCUCAAACUCAGGAGAAACUAAUGAAAGAACUCAAACAGCUCCACCAAGAGGACCUGGCACGUAGGAGACAGACUGUAGCGCAGAUGCCACCACAACUAGCUGAGCUUCCAUACAAACGCAGUGAAAUGAAAGAAGACUGGCAGAGAGAGCUGGAAUUUGCCUUUGAAGACAUGUACAACGCAGACAGGAAAGUGAAAGGAAACCUGAUUUUGCACCUCGAACCAGAAACUUUGCCCACUGUGACUGAUCAGAUCCAAGAUGAAGAACUGGACCUUUCAAUGGAACAAGAAAGUGUAGGAGAAACUGAAAACAUUCCAGUGACAGAAGCUGAAACAAUAUGUUCUAGUGAAGCAGACGUUCCCCUGGCAAUGAAGACCCACCAGGUCCCUUCAAAAAUUCUUUUUAAAAAAUUAUUAAAUAAGAUUCGAAGCCAAAAAUCUCUCUGGACAAUUAAAUCCACAUCUGAGGAUGAAAGUGAAGUGAUUACAACUCUUAGUGAAACCGAGAGUAAAGCACCAACAGUCGAAUCAGGAGCAACUGUUGGUGAAGAGAGAACAUCAUCUUCUGGGCAGGAACAAGUUGCUGAGAGUGAUACUCUAACAGUUGACUCUGGACCACUUACUAGUGAAGAGAAACCACUUUCAUUGGAUAUAGACUCUGAAAAGGAACAAGGGAUUCUCUUAGAAAUAAAGGAGGCUCAGCCUAUCACAGCUGUAGCUCAGAGUUCAGUUCUACUUCAUCCUCAAGAAGAAGCAGCCAGAAUUAGAAUGGCAGCAAGGCAGAAACAGAUAAUGGAAAUAGAAGAGCAGAAGCAAAAGCAGUUGGAAUUACUUGAACAAAUUGAACAACAGAAGUUAAGAUUAGAAACUGAUUGCUUCAAGGCUCAGCUGGAAGAAGAAAAAAGGCAAAGAACACAGCAGACUGGGGUUGGCACUGCUCCAGCACCAUACAGUGUAACUUCUGAUGAAGAUAAUCAUAGGCAGAUGAUUCAUAACUAUCAACAUCAGCUUUUACAGCAGAACAGGUUUCACAGACAGUCUGUUGAAACAGCCAGGAAACGAUUACUCGAAUAUCAGACUGUGUUAAAAGGAAAGUACUCAUCCGGGUUAGCCACUUCAUUGAUACCUGAUUCUGUUAUAUCAGUACUGCCACAGAAUUCUCAAAGACCCACUGUUAUAUCAGAGCAUUGGGAUCAAGGUCAGAGACCCAAGUUGAGUCCUAACAAAUAUCAACCUAUACCAUCCAUACAGAUCUCCAAAUUAGAACAAGAUUAUUUUCAGGUUCCAAGAGAAAGUCUCUUUCCACAAAGACAGGUAGAAACAGACAAAUUAAUCACUUCAGAUGUUUUAGCCAGGCAGUCUUUGGAAUCGCAGGAACAACCUAAGCAACUCUCGCAGAGUGAAGUACAACAGAGAGACUAUAAAUUGGUUCAUAAAGAUUCUCAUACACUUUCAAAGCCUUUGUCACAUGAUAGGCUGCUAAUAAUACAGGAUCCUAAAGAAAUAGCUGAAAUAUCUAGGGCAACAACUUUUCAAACUUUAGAUCCCCAUCAAAGGUUCUCAGAGAACAAGGAAAGUAUACCCUCCAUCCUAACUGAACGUUCUUCAUUCCAACCACUGUCAGCUGAGCAUGCUUUUAGUUCUCUGCCUGCUGCAGUUGGAUCUGGAAAAAUCCAGGAAUCCUUUUCAGCCAUGAGCAAAAGUGCAGUUUCUGUAAGUCAUUCUGUAAUCAGCCAAAUGCAGGAUAAGUCUUUACCAACCUCAGAGAAUAUCACAGCCCAGCUGGGUAAUUUGAAGGCUCUCCAAGAACAGUUAGACCUACAGAAGGAAGUUCUUCGGUCAAGACAGGAAGCUCAGGAACGAUUGCUUUUGUACAAACAGAAAGAAUUGGAAGGACAAACUGGCCUCUCUGUCUCCCUUCCAUUAGUAUCUCUGGAUUCAGUUGCCACACUGCCUUCUGCCAGAGCUGCAUCGGGGAGAAUCCAGGAAUCUUCUCCAACCAGGGAUGAUACUGCAGUUCCCUCAGGCCAUCUUGGGCUCCCACGACUUCCGGAUAGGCUUUUGAGUUUUUCACAGCCUGUCUUAUCACAGCAAGAUAAUUUUAAAUUUCUCCAAGAACAGUUAAAUAUUCAGAGGGACAGCCUUCAGGCGAGGCGAGAAGCCCAGGAAGUAUCAUGUGUACAUAAACAGAGUGAAUUGAAUGGAAGAAUAUGGUCUGAACAGACUGCACCCCCUUCUCUCCCUUCUCACAUAGUUCAGCAUACAUUUACUUCACUACUUUCUGCUGGCACUCAUUCUAGAGAGAUCCAGGAGCAGUUUUCAUCUGAGAGUGCGAAGGGACUUCUCUCAAGCCAGUCUGAAGACCAAAAAUCUCAGGUUGGGUCUUUGAGUUUCCUACAGCAGUUCCUACCUCUGCAUGAUAGUUUGCAGUUGCUCCGAGAACAGGUGACUACACAGAGGGAUGCUCUUCAGGCCGGGCGGGAAGCCCAGGCAGAAUUGCUUUUGCAUAGACAAAGGGAUUUGGGAGACAGUAAGUCUGGGCAAAUGAGUUCUUCACUUCCACCAGCGGUUUCUCCGUCUUUAGUUACUUCACAAACUUCUGCUAAAACUGAGCCAAGAAGAAUUCAGAACUUUUAUUUAUCUGAAAAGGAGAGUGUUCUUCCCUCCAGUCAUCCGGUAAUCCCAGCAUUUCAGGAUGAGCCUCGUGGUUUCCCACAGCAUAACCUGCCACGGCAAGAAAAUUUGACAGCACUUGAAGAACAGUCACACACACACAGGGUAAUGCUUGGUGCUGAACAAGAAACUCGGGAAUUUGUACACAAACCACAUGAAUUAGAAAAAACAGUUUCUUCUGAACAGACUGGCACCUCUUUAUCCCUGUCCCAGGUAGCUGAGUCUGAAAGAUUCCAGGAAUUUAUGCCAAUCAAGAGUGACAGUACAGUUCCCUUAAGCCAGUCUAAGAUUCCGAGAUUUCAGGAAAGACUUCUGGGAUUUUCACAGCUUAGCUUGGAGGAACACCAAGAAUGGCUGCAUACAGAGAAGGCGGUCCUUCAUUUUAGCCAGAAAACCCAAGGAAAUGUAUCUUCGGAACAAACUGACUCCUCAUUCAGACCCCAGGUAGGACAGCCUUCAUUUACUUCGUUACCUUCUGCUGAAUCUGGUACAACACAGGAGCCUCCUUCAACAGAGAGUGAUGGUAAAAAUCUUUCAAGCCAUCUUCAGAUCCCACAAUUGCAGGAUAGGCUUUUGAGGAUAUCACAACUUAUUCGGCCUCAACAAGAUAAUUUGAAGGCGCUUGGAGAAAGGUUAGCUACACAGAGAGAAGCUAUCGUUCAAUCUAGACAGGAAGCUCAGGAAGAAUUACUUUUGCACAAACAGAGUGAGUGGAAGCAAAGAAUAGCUCCUGAGCAGGUUGGCUCCUCUUCCUUCCUACCCCCCGUUAUACAGCAUUCAUUUGCUUCAUCACCUCUUAGUGAAUCCGGAAGAAUCCAAGAACCAUAUUCAACUAAGAGUGAUAAUACAGGUUCCUCAAGACAUUCUGAGACACCAGGAUUGCCUGAUGGGCUUUUAGGUUUAUCACAGCCUAUUUUACCUCAGCAAGAUCACUUGAUUGCACUUCAACAGGAACACUUGUAUGCACAAAGAAAUUCCCUUCCGUGUGGCAAGAAAACCCAGAAAGAAUUGGUUUUGCCCAGACAGUAUAAAUUUGAGGAAGAGUUAUCUUCUGAGCAUUUUGUCCAGCUUCCCCAGGGUGAUUUGAAAGUACUUCAAGAGCAGUUAGAAAUACAAAGGAAAGCCAUUCGGUCUAGACAGGAAGUCCAAGAAGAAGUACUUUUGCAAAGACUAAGUAAAUUGGAGAAAAGGGUAUCAUCUGAGCAGAUUAGCUCUUCAUCAUUAUCCCAGGGAGCACCGCCUGUUGCUGACUCUGAAAGAAUCCAAAAGCCUCUUGCAACCAGAAGUAACAGUACUGUUCCCUCAAGUCAUCCUGAGAUCCCAACAUCCCAGGAUAGACUUUCAAGUUCAUCACUACCUGUUCUGCCUCUGCAAGAUACUUUGACAGCACAGUUGGACUUACAGAGGGAAGUGGUGCAUUCUAAUGAGAAGGACCGAGAAGAACUGCUGUUAAACAAACAAACAAAAUUGACUGAAAGUGAAUCUGCCGAGCAUGCUAUUCCCUCUUUGUUUUUACCCACAGAAAGCGAGCAUUCAUUUAUUCCACUGCCUUUUGCUGAAGUUAAAUCUAAAAACCAUGGUGAAUUGUAUUCAUCUAAGAAUGAACAUGCAGCUCCCUCAAGCAAUUCCAUGAUCCCCAGAUUUCAAGAUAGACUUGUGUGUUUUUCACAACCUGUCUUAACUCAGCAAGAUAACCUAGGACUUCAGAAGCAGCUGGAUCUACAAAAGAAAGUUCUGCAAUAUAGCCAAAAAGCCCAAGAAGAAUUGCUUGUACAGAGACAAACAACAUUGCAGCAGCAGAUACAGAAACAUCAAGAGACCCUGAAGGAUUUCUUUAAAUAUAAUCAGAUAAGUAAGCCCACAGCUGAAGGUGAUGUAGACACUCAGAAGCUCAGAGAGUGGCUUCCUCAUCUCCAAGACCUAGCAGGAGAUGAUCAGGAAGGCAUUAGUCUUGCGAGUAGGAGCAACUGUGGUGAUAAUCAGCUGCUUUCAGAAGAGAGUGGUGCCAAGCAAAGUGGUGAGCAUCUGGACAAAGAACUGGCCAGGAGAUCCUCAAAGCCCCCUGUAGCAAGAGUGAAAUGUGGACUGGACUUGAACCAGCAUGAACUCAGUGCUAUACCAGAGGUAGAGUCACCAGCAAGUGGCAGAACGUCUGUACUAGGUAAACCAGACUUUUAUCAAGACAGGGACCCUCUAAGAGUCUCAAUAAGCCGAGAACAAAGUUUCUUAGGGAGCCCACUGAACUGUGAUGCAUUUGGUUGUCUUUACCCCAUUGCCCAGGAGAACGUCUGUGGUGAUGACUCCAAGGAAGCAGCUCUUUCAGAGACCUGUCCACUGAAUUCUGCAACAUUUCUCCAAAAGAGAAGACCUUGUUCCCUUCUUACUUUUAUUUUCUUACCUCUUACUCUACUCAAAUCUUCCCCCUGGGAGAAUCUUCUUGGGUCAUUUUCAGAGCAUGUGGACCCCAGGGAACAAGAAUCUACCACUGGUAAAGAAGAGGAGAGAGUCAAGGUCAAGGAGGCUGUGGCUGAGAAUCAUGCUGUAUUAAGCCAUGCUGUGGAGGAAGAACAUGCAUAUCUGAGUCCAACUGUGAAGCCGGAAGAUGCUGACACAGAAGAGAUUUAUCAUGAGCCAUUAUCAUCAGUAACUAUUUCUACUGGGAGCUUUUUAAGUUACGAAAACACAGAUCUGAGCCUUACAGAUCCAGGGUCAUUUUCAGAGCAUGUGGACCCCAGGGAACAAGAAUCUACCACUGGUAAAGAAGAGGAGAGAGGUAUUUUAAGUUCUAUACUUCCUUCAUUACAAGUUCUUUAUCAAAGGCAGGACUCUCGGGAAGUUCAUCAACCUCUGUUGCCUGCCGUGGAAAAGUUUACACCUGUUGACCUUGACUUUCCAGAACUGGCACACACUUUUCCAAAUUUGCAUCGUCAGCUAUUUAAACCCUUAGAACCACAUCCAGAUUUUGAUAUAUCAUCAUCAUACUCUGGGAUUUCUCAAGACAGCAGAGACUUUUACCAGAACUCAGAUUCUUCAUGUGAAAGCCACCAUGCUGUUGUAGCGUCCAAAAGUACAGUUUCCUUUACAGCACUGAGAACCAGCCUGAAUUUGUCUAACAUAAGCCCGAACCAGCAACCGGAUCCUCAUUUGGCUCAUGCUACAGCUCAGAUAUUUACUACAGAAAAUACUGAGGGAUUUGAACAAUCUUUUCAACAGCUUCUGCCAGAAUUUUCUUCACAGGAGGGGAGCCAGCAUGUUGAUCUAUCAAGUAUUUUCACCAUUGAAGCGAGAGAUUCUUCCCAAGGCAUGGAAAAUCAGAACGACUCUGAACAGACUAAAAUACAAAAUAAGGAAAAAAGUGUUCAUUUCCACCUCUCUGUAGGAAAUUUACAGAGUUCAGUCUUCAGUUCAUCUAAUGAGGCUAAUGUAUUUCAUCCCUUAAGUCUACAGUAUAGCACCGCAUGUGGGUCUACGUCUAGUGAGUGCUCAAUAAAAGCCCAACCAGAAGACAGAAAACAAAGACUGGGUUUUGAGGAACUAUCAGAAAGAGGACUCAAUGGAGACAAAAAUGAAACCCGUGGGGUUUUAAACAUAAAUUCACAUGUGGAGGAAACUGAUUCUCAAUCCUGUGUUAAAACAGUGGAGAUGGGAACUUCAGUUCAGGCACCAUAUUCUGUUCAGAAUGAAAAAUAUUUUGAGAAUUCAACUAAGGCAGAAACUCCAAAAAUCCUAAGAAACCUUUCUCAACUAGCACAGUCAGAGCUCUUUUUAAGUUCUGGAUCAUUACAGAGCUCAGUUCCAAUGUGGGAGACAGAAUCUGGCCAUGGUAUAAUGGAAGAACCAGAGCUUACACUAGUAAGCACCAGUGAUACCAGUAUUGCUGAAAUGGAUUUUGCAAAUCUAACCCUAGAAGAAAAGAAAGGAAAUGAGGCAAAGAACAGUUCUCAGGUGAGUGAAUUUCUGCCUCUUGUAUCAGAAAUAGAAACCCCGGAUUAUCCAGAUGUAUCUGAACACUGCAGCGAGGAGCAAGUGAUCCUGUCUGCAGAAACCCCUCCAAAGAUUAUAGCUCUACCUGGGAGCUUACAAGAAGCAUUUAUAAAGAGGAAAAAAUCAUUUAUGGAGAGAUCCUCCCAGAGACAGAAAGAAAUAAAGAAUAAAAUUUGUAUUCCUGAAAAUUCUCAAACCAAAAUAGCUAAGGAGAAGCCUACAGGCUCAUCUGUGAGUCGCCUGAAGGGUGUGAAUAAGGUUAAGGUUAGAGUGUCACUUCCUGAAGACAGAAAGACUGCACAAGCCCUCAUGCACCAAAGGGCCCCAAGGUAUAGAUCAUACAAUCAGUUAGCUGAAGUCAAACAGCAAAGGGAAGAGAAAGCAAAGCAAGAUGCAUAUGCCCAAAACAGAGCAAGGGCAAAAGAAUUUCAUAAGAAAACACUAGAGAAACUUCGAGCCAAAAGUACAUGCUGACUUUCUACUAAAAGUAUAAAGUUUUUUUUUUAAUUAUGUGCAAUAUAGGCAAAAUUAUUUAAAGUCAAUAAAUUUUUAUUUAAGGAA